UCUGUUGCAGUGAUUGCUGCGCAGUCUGCAUCAGCUGCACCCAUAUUUUUUUCCACAAUUCUACCCCAAUACAUCGUUGCAGUCACAGUGUAUUUACUUUGCCAGCCAGCUGGCUCAGUUUUAAGAGCCUCCGCACAGUCUUGUAGACUCUGCCAACCUUCUGUUCGUUUGAUUGCAGCAAUGCAAGUCCACACGUUUGCGACAUUCUCAAAUCCAGCCGUCCGGUGCCAAACGCCCAACGUCAGCCUUCUCCAACGUCUCUCGUGUCAGGUGAAGCAGAAGAUCCAUGGCUUCUUCUUCGGAAGCGGCACCGGCUCGCCAGUCCAGGACAACCUGGUGGAGGUUGUGCGGCGGAAUCCCGUCGCGGCCUCCAGCCUUCUACGAACCGUCUCGUGGUUCAGUGCGGUGGGGAACUUGGCCUCCGCCACCAGCUGCGGAGUCUUCCUAUGGCUGUACUGGACCAGUUGUGCCACAUGUGAUCGGCCACUGAGGUGUUGGCUGCUGCUUCAAUCUUUCUUGCAGGUGCUGCAACUGCCCGUCCGCUUGGUACUUCUGCACACGAUGCGGCACGUGGAGGUGUCGAGUGGCGACUUCCAGGAGUGGAUCACCUCAUUGACCUCCUCCCAAGCGUGGCAAAUGAGCAAGAAAGUGGCAGUCUUCCAGUAUGGCUGGUUCGUGUUGGGCAUGGUCUGGUGGGUGCACACCGAUGAGUGUCCAGAGUGUCCGUCCAUCUCCAAGCUCAUGGUGGCGGUCAUGUCCCUCUCAGUGGCACGUGCCAGCAUCGCCGUGUGCCUCUUUCGCGGUCUCUUCACCACAGAGGAGACCCCAGACAAAGCUCCAGCUGCUGUUGGAGCCAGCCAUGCGCAGAUCAAAGCGUUGCCCGCCUUCCACAUGCUCUUAAAAGACGAGGCCACUUCACAGGAGCCCUGCUCCAUUUGCUUGUGCAGCUUCGCGGAGGGCGCUCUGAUGCGGAGGCUGCCCUGCGGACAUCAGUUCCAUUGCCAUUGCAUUGACAAGUGGCUCCGGCGCAACAAGCGCUGCCCGCUCUGCAUGCGGGCGAUUGACGAGACGUGCUCCUGCUCCAAACCUGAUCAACGUGAGUCGUGCAAGCAAGAGACUUAAACUUAAACCAAUCCUACACCAUUGGUGGUUGACCCACUGGUGGUUGACAGUAGCGAGGUGGCUGUGAAACAGCCUGCCCGGGCCUGCCCCCCGCGGGCCCCGCUGUCGAUGUUUUGGCGCCCUUGAUUAAACCUCCAUACGGUCCAUACAUAAUUUCUGAACGGAAUUCAUUCUUUUCCGAAAACCCUUGACAAUAAGCCUAUAAGCACUGUG